GCAUGCUUCCCAAGCCGACCUGGGGCCAAAGAAUGUCAAGAAUCCGAUUAAUGAUUGUCCUGGUUCCUGCGGGAGCUGGGCUGACCCGGAGGGGGCUCUGGGCUGGCUCCGGCCGGCCACUGGAGGAGUUGGAGCAAGGUCUCUUGUUCUUCUGCGUGUCUCCUUUGGCCUUUAUCACACAGGCCUUGGGUCAAAGUGCACCCUGUUCCGCUGAUCCGUAUGGGCCGGGCACAGUCGUGGACACCUGCCAGCAUGCCACAGAGAGAAUGGAGGUUUGGGGGACCUCCUAGGAAGUCCCCAGUUUUGGCAAUCAUCUCAGGAGGCCUCCGCGGGGCUAGGAAUGGAAAGUCACUCAGCUUUGCCGCUUGGCUGCAGAGAAUUCUUCUUUGCGUGAGCCACUUGUUUCACCAGGAGGCGUUGUUUCCAUGUCCAUUGCUGCCCGAGAGCCCAGGGGGGACAGACGAAGCACAAAUCUCUCAGGGCAGAGCCUCGAAGCCCACGGUUUCUACGCAGCGGGCUCACUUUGCUGGUCAUCAGAGCCUCCCAGAGCUGAAAGGGACCUUGGAUGCCCACGGUCAGACCCUCUCGUGCUACACAGAGACCGCACAAAAGGAGGUGACACCCCCAAAUCCACGCAGAGGGGACCCAUGCGCCAGUGCCAUUGCUUUCGCACCGAGGCUCAUUUUCUCUAGUGAAAGAGACACUCAGCUUGCCCAUGCCAACUCCUGUCUUCGUACCCGCGCGGUCCCUGCGUGGCCCGGCCCCGCCCCAUCCGGCAGCAAAGACUGGAACCAACAGUACUCGCCCCCUGAGAACCCCUAGGCCUUAGAACCUGAGAUGCAUGCCGGCCACGGAGGAGGGCGCAGAGGGCUGGUCAGCCCGAAUCGCUGUAUCUAUUCAUCUCAUGCAUCACACGUUCUCUGGGAAGGGCCCCCGGGUCGGGGUUAGAAAUGAGUAAGGCAGGGCACCUGGGUGGUUCAGUCGGCUGAAGGUCAGACUUUGGCUCGGGUGAUGAUCUCGCAGUUCGUGAGUUCGAGCCCCACAUCGGGCUCCGUGCAGACAGUGCAGAGCCUGCUUUGGAUCCUCUGUCUCCCUCUCUCUGCCCGUCCCCUGUUUGCGGUCUCCCCAAAAUAAAUAAAAACAUUAAAAAAAAUAAAUGAAUAAGACAGUAAGACAGACUCUGCCCUCAGGAGACUCAUGGUUUAGGAGAAAAAACCAAAAUCACAAGACCGUCCUGUAAGGCACAACCUUGGGAUGCACCUGCUGUGGGCCUGCGGAGGAGAGAGCCCAAAAUCUGCCCCAAGAGGAGGGUGGAGGAGGCUUGUUUAUGCCAGGCCUUGAAGGCUGUGAAGAGGUUUCCAGCCGAUGGACAAAGAGGAAAGACGUCCUGGGAAGAAGGAACAGAAGGAACAAGGCGCGGAGGCACCAACAGGCGGGGGUACUUGGGGGUAGUAGUCGGCCUACUCACACGCCAGUGGGUGCGUGAGGUAGCCUGGCUGGUGAACGUGCUGGAAAUCGGUCAGUUUCAAUUCAGUGAGCGCGCUGGUGACUUCCAGGGCUGGGCGCUUGGCUGAGCACCGGGGAUGCAGAGAUGAAGACAUGGUCCCUGGGUCUGGGGAUCACGUAUGUAACGGAGGCAGGCAGACAUUUACCCAUUCGUUCAUAAAUGUGUACUGAGUGCUAAGUGCUGGGCAUCAGGGGUGUCGUGUGAGCAAAACACGCCUCAGCCCAGCCUGCGUGGAGCUGGUUCACGGUCCGGGGGGAAACAGACCUUCACCAGAUAUUUAUACACCCAAGGGACAUGCCCUGGAGGCGGGAUCCAUGGCGCCGCGGGAGGGCAGAAGAGAGGAGGGAGGCCACGGGUGCAGUGGUGUAGGGUUCAGUCUCGGCAGCCUGAGGGCCUGGGUUCCAAGCCUGGCCCCUCUCACUUGAGAUGUCUUAUUCUUGGACACGGAGUUUCUGACUUAGAGGGAUGUGCCAAGGUCCUGAGGAAGCAGUAUAACUUAUGCAGGCGGGAACGCCGGAGUGGCUGGAGGGGAGAAAGAAAGAAGUGGGGUCAAAGCUGAGGACUGAAGGCAAAACAAACACUAAAUAGGUUGUGAUGAGCUUUAAAAAAAUUUUUUUAAUGUUUAUUUAUUUUUGAGAGGGAGAGAGAGAAACAGAGCGUGAGCAGGGGAGGGG